AUGCCAGUGCAACAGUUCUUACGUGACGUUAGUGAUCGAGUUAGGAAUCGAGGUACCAGGGAUAGCCCUCCGCGUGAACGAGAGGAAGGUCAGGGGAGAAGUCGUCCAACUGGAAGACAAAGACGAGCGAAUGAAGCUGCACAGGCUGAAAUAGUAAGACGAUUGAAUGCGGCUUCACAAGCUGAAAAUGCCAGAUUCAAGGCCACCCGCGUAACUCAGGCUCAACUUGAUGAAGUAGUAGCGGCUCGCUGGAAGGCUGUAAGCGGAAGAGCAGUGGCUGAGGCUCAGGGGCAUGAUGCAGCUAAUCAGGGCCAAGCACUGGAUGAUAUAUGGAAUUUCGCUGCUCGAGAUCUAGAUAAAACGGAGCCCGGUCACCCCCUUAAACCAACUACUUCUGCAGAUCCAAAUGAAGAAGUGUCUGCUGAAUCAGGUCAGUCUGGUGAGGGUCAAGGUAGUCAAGCUCCCUCCUUAACACCGUCUAAAACUGGAGCCUUGAUCCAGCGAAUCGAGGGUCGGGGAAUUCAACGACAAGGGUGGAUUGAAAACCCAGAUGCUCUGAACUGUCCUAUUGGUAGAACAACUAUGAGCAUCGGAGAUUUGGAAACUCAAGACAUCCACAUGGACAAGGAGCAAUAUUUAUGA